GAAAUUAAAAAGUAAAGUGGACUUGUCUAUGGCAUCACAGAACGGAAUCUUGUAAAAAGAUUAGGCCAUUUCAUAAAACAAAUGUAUAGUAACUCGCAGAAAAUAUCUUCGGGACAGUUGUAUUUAUUUCAGCUUUGCAUUUUAAUUUAAAUUGAAUCGUGAUCCGCAUUGUAGGCCCAUUCUAGAGGAUUCAUCGUCAUCUCUAGCGGAAGGGUUAGCAGUCUUGAUUCUGCAAGAAAAAAGAUUUCCAUUGAGAGAAGACGUAAGGUGCAGGGUGUGGAGGUACUUGUUCGGUUUCCCUGAAAGGUACAGAACAAAUAGCUCUAGGGGCUAGGAUGUCAGUGCUGAACCAGAGUGGAGAAGAGCAGGUGGAAUGUCCCCUGUGUAUGGAACCCUUGGAAGUGGACGAUCUCCAUUUCUACCCGUGCACAUGUGGCUAUCAAAUAUGCAGGUUUUGCUGGAAUCGUAUUCGGGAGGGCGAGAAUGGGCUUUGCCCAGCGUGUCGGAAGGCCUACCCCGAGAACCCGGCAGACUUCACUCCUCUCAGUCAAGAGCAGGUUGCUGCAAUAAAGACGGAGAAGAAGGCACGCGAGCAGAAGCGUCGCAACAAGACCUUAGAGUCGCGGCGAGCGCUCGCGAACGUUCGUGUCGUGCAAAACAACCUUGUGUUCGUCGUAGGGCUGCCUGUUCGUCUAGCCGACCCAGAGAUCCUAAAACGGCAAGAGUACUUUGGGAAAUAUGGCAAAAUUCACAAAGUAGUUAUAAACCAAAGUACGUCAUAUGCAGGAACACAGGGUCCGUCAGCAUCAGCGUACGUAACGUACGUGUCGCCAGCGGACGCCCUGCGCGCCAUACAGGGCGUCAACAACGUGACGCUGGAUGGCCGCGUGCUCAAGGGCUCGUUGGGCACCACCAAGUACUGCGCCAACUUCAUGAAGAACCAGCCCUGCCCCAAGCCCGACUGCAUGUACCUGCACGAGCUAGGUGAUCCGAAGGCGUCGUUCACUAAGGAAGAAAUGCAUGCCGGGCUGCACCAAGUGUACGAACGUCGCCUGCACCAGCAGCUGCUGCAGGCGCAGCGCGACCGCCCCGACGACAAGCACGCCACCGACGGUAAUUCUAGUACGAAUGCAGAAAAGGGUAGUUCUAAAGAUGGUAAUCAGUCGAACUUUAUACCGACAACAGUGGUCACAUCGUCUCAAGGAAAUGUAGUCAGCACAUCUAAAUCAAAGAAAGAUUCGGGCAAUGGCAGCAAUAGUAAUGGUAACAGUAGUAACGGAGUCAGCAAUAGCAAUGGAAAGGAGGCGUGGCCCAGCCUUGGCUCCUCACCCCCCUCAGACAGCCCCGCCAGAAAACAGUCCAGCCCCAAGCCACAGCAGUUGGUUAAGUCACAAGAAAACGGAACAUCAGAAUCAUCCAGUCCAACACAGCUCCGAUCACAGUCUCAAACGAAAAACAGCAAAGAGAAUCACAUGGACAGCAAACCCAGCAAAAGUAAUAAGGACACUAGCAACACAAACGGACAGACCAGCAAGAAAAGCAAAUCAGACAGCAAAUCCAAACAGAAGAAUAGCAAUAGCAUCACAAAUGAAAUCAGGGAAUCACAGACAUACGAAAGCAAAACACAACAGGAACAAAGCAACAUUAAUAAAUCACAAAACUCAGUUUUCGAAAACGACACACAGAACUACCUAUCCAACGAACUGGACGAAUUAGAAUCAGAUAGACACAGUUUGUUAGAAAACCACGAUUUGUUAGACAACAGUGAUCACAGUUUACUCGAAGACGACAACACUCACAAUCUAUUGAACGAUGCAAAUAACGAAGUAAUGAUGAUGCAGAGGCAUAGAGAAAUGCUGGCAGGGCUCGUGGAUAACAACCAUCUCAUGCCUCAAAUGAAGAGCCCACUGGUUAACGGAUACGGGUUGUUAGACAGGGAUUCAAUGUAUCUAGGUAACGAUAGGCAGAUUAGUCAAAUUAACCACAAUCUCAUGGAGCAGAAGGAAAUGUUACUCCGAGAACGCAGCCGAAGCAACAUGCUGCUCCGACAGAACGAAAUGCUGGCCCGCCAACACAACGCCAUGGUGGAGCCCAAACACUACAAUAUGCCCACCUCUAGUAUAGGACUUGAAGCUGCUAGUGAAUUAUUAGGUGCUAAUUAUCAUCCAAAUCACAAUAUGCUUCCACCGUUCGGUAUGAGGGUAGACAAUUCAAUGGGCGCAAGCUCUUUAGGCAACACAAUGUCAGCAAAUUCAAUGUCCAAUAUGACCGCAAACUCCCUUUCCGCAAACACAAUGGCAAAUCCCAUGGGUUCCAACAGUUUAUCGGCCAAUUCCAUGGGUAACUCUAUGGGAAAUCCAAUGUCAAAUUCAAUGGGACCGUCGAUGGCAAAUUCCAUGGGCAAUUCGAUGGUAAAUUCUAUGGGUGGUCCAAUGGCAAAUUCCAUGGGCAGUUCAAUAGCAAAUUCCAUGGGCAGUUCAAUGGCAAAUUCUAUGGGAAGUGCAAUGGCAAACUCGAUGGGAAGUUCUAUGGCAAAUUCAAUGGGAAAUUCUAUGGCAAACUCAAUGGGAAAUUCUAUGGCAAACUCAAUGGGGAAUUCUAUGGCAAACUCAGUGGGAAGUUCUAUGGCAAACUCAAUGGGAAGUUCUAUGGCAAAUGCGAUGGGAAGUUCUAUGGCAAAUGCGAUGGGAUACUUGAUGCACAACCAGCAAAUGGCGAUGCGGAAUCAAGCACAGAUGCACAGCGGGCUCGUCAAUGGCUACGACACACAAUCUGCUAACGAAGGUCGCUACCAGGCGGAGAAUAUGGACAAGUUCUUCACAGACUUCCACAAGGCGCAACAGAUGCGACUGCUGCUGUCGCGCGGCGAGGAGCGGCGACUGGAGCACAUGCCGCACACACACAGCAUGCUGAGCGCGGAGCGGCUCGAAAUGGAGCACAAACAGAGAAUGAGCAACUUACGAGCUGCAGAGGUCGGGGGUCGCGCGGCCGGUGACGCGGACGAUGACCUCGACUUUGACCCCUUCAGCGAAACACAGAAAGCUCUGGCUGAGAUGAUGGAGUCCGAAGUCAUGCUCAACGUUCACAACAUCUCUAGCGGCGACAACAUGGAGCGCCUGCGUAGGUCGCGGCUGCCCCCGCCCGGCUUCAGCCCCAUGAACACAUUCGGGAUGGGCGCACCGCAAGCGCGUCUCCAGCCACACCACCAAGAUUGGACCCAGAUGGACCCCGCCAUCAUGUCCACGUCGGUGAACGCGACCAAGAGCCCGCCGCGCCCCGAGCUCAGCGCCCAGCAGCAGGAGCUGUUCGCGCGCUUCAACCAGCUGCAGGUGGCUCCCAACGGCGUCAAGAUGCCCCAGUGGCAGCUGCAGUGGCCCCUGCAGCACAACGCCGCCUACAACGCCAUCCCGCUCCCGCCCGGCUUCUCCCCCGCCAACAACCCGGCCGAGUGCAUCGACGCCAAGUAAACAAACUCGUGCAAUCCCCAAACUCAGCGGAUACUAUAUUUUCUAUUAUUGUCUCUUUCCGUUGGUGAUGUGAUCGAAAAAUCUUUGUAUUAAGAGAGCAUAUUUUAACGAGAGAAAUAUGAUAACAAAGGAUUUGUAAAAUAAAUUAACCUAUUUGUUUUAUUUAAAAGAAAAAGUUUAGUAAAGGCCGUUUUACGCCGGGGCAACAUGCGACAAUGCAGCAUGCUGUAGGUGUAUCGCUUCACUAAGACGGCUUAGGAUAUGGUGUGGAUUGCAAGAGAGAGAGACAGCUAGAGAAAUUGCUUGAUUUUUCAACAACUUAAAUUUUAUGGAUUUGGUUUUAAUUUAUAGAUUAGCACAAAUGAUGACGCAGCCUAACAUGGCUGAAAGGAUAUUGAAAUUGGAGGGGAAAACUGACGCUGGAGGUUGUGGAUUUUGGACCGAUUUUGGUGAGGUUGGACCCGAAUGUAUGUUUGUUCGCGAUUAUCUCAAAAAGUAAUGAAUCAAUUUCCAUGAUUUUUCACUAACGAGUUGACGCAUACGUCACCCUUCUGCAACCCGCGCCCUAUCUGACGAGCCGUCAGUGAAAGGUAUACUUAUAUAAAUAGAUACAUUAAUUUUACGCCCUAAAGCGUCUAUAUAAUCCUAAAUAUUUAAUGUAUAUUAUCUGUCUGUAGAAUUGAAAUAUUACAGUACGACGAUUCUUGCUACAUUUAAAAUUAUUGAACCAUGCGGCCCUGUGGCAUGCCGCAUUGUCGCACUAUGUUGCUCUGGCGUAAAUGAAGCUUUAUUAUUAUAAUUAUAUUUAGCUGGCUACAUAGGUAACUGCAAACUUGACAAGCCUGCAUGGCCAAAAGAAAACUUUUUUUGUUUCAAAAAACUAUACAUAGUACUUUCGCAUACAUGCUGCAUGUUUGUAUCAAGUUUUCUCACAAACAUAUUUUUAGCGAUGAUAGCCUAGUGGUUAGGACGUGUGCCUUUCGGGAGGUCUGAGGUUCGAUCCUGGGCAUGCACCUCGAACUUUUCGGUGAUUUGUGAGUUUUAAGGAAUUAAGUAUCACUCGCUAUAACGGUGAAGGAAAACAUCGUGAAGCAUGCCUGAGAGUUGUUCAUAAUGUUUUCAAAGAUGUUUGAAGUCUGCCAAUCUGCACUCGGCCAGCUUGCCAGAUUAUGCCCUGAGUUCUUCUUCGGAGAGGAAGUUAGUGCUCAGUAGUGGGCCGGCAAUGGGUUGAGCAUGAUGAUGAUGAUAAUAUUUCUAGUUCAAGCAUGCUCGCACAAAAUGUUCAUGCAGUCUUACCAAGCUAGCAGUUACACUGUAGGCGCCUUAUUUCUCAUUGAUUUCAUUAUUUUCAUAUUUGGUUCACAGUCACUCACUGUAUCAUAUUUCACAAUAAUUUCGUUUCUAUUAUUUGUUUUCUCGACUGAAGAUAUAUGUAUAUUCGUUAUAUAUUUAUAUACUUAGAGUCGUAAAACUGUUAAAUCAAACUAUUUUUUUCUAUAUGAGCGCUAACACACUGGGACGCCAUGGCGACGUCGUUGGCUACGUAUGGGAACAAUUCUUAUUAAAAUGUUCGACAGCUAACUCACUUGGCUACGGUCUGGCGACGUCGCCAAUUUGGAAUCGUAGCCACGACUAAUCGGCCCCUACGUGGAGAGUGGAUACUUUGGCGACGUGUAGUCAAGUUUCCAGUAUUUUUUUUUAUACAAGCUACGCCUCCUCACUCAGUGGCGAACUGAUCGUUGGAGGACGGACGUCUGCGUGUUUGUUUGCUAUUCUUUGUGUUAUUGUGGUUACUUAUUUGGCAACCUCAUUUGGUUACGGUAGGUGGUAGCCAUGGCUACGUAGCCAGCGACGUCGCCACGGCGUCCCAGUGUGUUAGGGCGCUUACAUCGAAUUAUUUUUUCUAUAUUAUUAAAACAAGAUGCCAAUUCCACGAUUAAGUUUUGUACCUCAUUGAGCUAUCCAUUGAUGAGAGAAUUAAAUUGAAGUAUUAUUA